AUGCGCACACCCCCGGUGCCGUGCUACUUGUUCCUUCGGCACAAGUACCCCCCCCUCCAACCCCUCAUUUUCGGUCUCGUUUUCGCCCGCACCAACGGGGCCUCUCUCAAUCGCAAACAGCUCAUGUGCCAGUGGCUGAUGAAGACGGACAACGCCACCGAGUGCGGGGCGCUGUGCGACGUGUUCAGCCACGGGAUGCUCCGAGCCCACUUCUCCCCGGACAACCGCAUAAAGCGCCUGGAGAUAGUCUUCGACGUCAUGAGCCUGAUGCAGCAGCUGCAGCGGGCGGUAGGCCAGGGGGAGCUGCGGAUGGUACCGAACACGCUGGCGUUGGCGACCCAGCCGUCGCAGCAAGCGCGGUUGGUGCUUUCGGCCGUGCCGCCGUACGGGAUCACGCACACCAACGAGGCGUGGACGGCGUUGAUGGGGCACACCGCCGAGGAGGCCAAGAUGUUCCCCUUCACCCUCAUGAACGGUCCCGCCGAAGCAAACAACGGGGACGCCCUGGAGACGCUCGUGCAGACCUGCAUAGGGUCGAACGUCAAGAGGGCGGAGAUGGUGGACCUUAGCGUCGUUACGAGAGACUUAAGGCAAUUGGCUGUGGCCGUCCAGGCCUACCCCUUGGGAACUCCGGAUGGCGCGACCACCCACCUGCUGCUCGUCAUGGAAGAAAUCCCGGUCUGCACGCCUUUGCCACAAACAGGCCUGGAUCUCUAUCCGUUCGUCUGAGAGAGGAAAACGCCAAUAGGGAGGGAACGGCAGUUUGACCGCGUAGAGGCGUCAACGCUCACCUGAUGCUGCACCGCUGUUUCGUCUGAUACCUUCAUAGAGGUGCUGUUUGGAUUGUGCCGAGGCUAUUGUAUCUUGUUAAGGUCUCGGGGUUACCUCGACAUGUGUUGCUGCGUUUCCCCCCUUUAGUGGGUGGGAUGGGUGUCAUGUAGUGUGAUCGAAUCGGCAGGUCAGAGUUCAGAAAGAGCGAAAGAGAACGAACCCCGGGAUCACACCAAUGUAUCUUUCUGGGUUAAGUGUGUUGUUGUCGUUGGGUGGUGUUUUGUUUUCAGGUUCACUUCUUGUUUGUAAGCUUUCCAUUCGUCCUAGUUUAGCGUGUUUGAGCGCACAGAUAGAUUCAACCUAUUUACAUUUUGUGGUGCCGUUGGCUCCCCGCGCUUGCGGUUCUUCGUAAGCUGAGGAGCUGGAUGCCGGGUUCACGAUGCGAUGUAUGCCUUCUCAUCUUUUAGGGCAAGCCUUCCUGUGGUACUAUAGGUACGCAACGACCUCCGCUUCGGCAGGACUCCGUAGCCGUCAGAAGGUCGAAUGAAGGUCUUGGGGUGUACCAACUGAAGCUGCCGGUUGCUGGCGGUGGCCUAGAACAGCUACCGUGUCCAUUUCGAGGCGCACUUGAAGUAGAGGAGUACGAGCACCGCCUCUGGGAUGUUGUACAAGGGCGUGUUUUUUUUUUUUUGCGGUCGGCGGUGAGGUGAUUGGAAGACGUGCAAAGUACGAAUACGAGUAACAAGGAAAAUCGGUCACUGCCGUUUGCCCAGGCGCUCACGCCAGGGAUGCGUGCUAUGUAGAUUAUUGGGCGGACGCUUCCUACCUGGUGUUUGUGGCUGUGCGACAGGGCGGGUAGCGAAUGAAACGAUAUUGUUUUAUUUAGACUAUGGACAAGCAGCUGUGGUUGUGGGCUUGAGAAUAUUUUGGGGCAAACAGUAUGAAACCCGAACCCUUUGUGUUGUUCACACGGACAGGCGAGGAUGUUGAGUGUUCUGGUGAAUUCGGCCUCAUGGCAAUUUGUAGGUUCUUACACGCAAGUUCACAUGAUUUCUGCGCUUACCUAAUCAGUGCUCUCAGUUUGAAGAAUCACGUUGCCUCGUUGGC